GCAUGUGAAGUGGUUUUUUAAAGAAUCCGCAAUCGUUAGCUUUUUCGUUUGGGUGAUGUUGGUGCCUUUGGGCCAACCGUUUUCAUAAGGGAUUUCACAAAACUGCUGUCUUAGAGAAUAAGUAUUCAGUAGCGUUCAGUUACGUUCAGUUAGCAGUGGGAAGUGUGGGUUGGGUGUGAACGGUGUGAAGGUGUUUGUUGCAGUUCAUGGUGUUUUUUUUUUCCGUUUGUAAUCGUUCUCACCUUUCUUAGCGUAUUUGACCAGGUGGCUGAUAGUGGUUGUUGCACGAUUCAAAUCAUUCGGAUGUAGUGUUGAGAAGUGGAAGUGUCAGGUAAUAAUGAAAAUGAUGCACGAAGACUCUAAUGGCGAAUCGACAUUUGAGUUUGUUGAAAAGAGAGUGGAAGAAAUGUCUGUUACUUCAAAUGAAACUUUGCCAAGACCAGAGUCUCUGAGCAGUGUCACAUCAUCAUCUUCAGUACUGCCAUUGAACAUUACAGCAAGUGAGGGAAAUUUACUAUCUAGUGUAGCUCCACCUUCUGCACUUCCGAGUUUUGUGUCACCUUCAAUGGGAUCAGUAACUCAUGUUGCUACCAGCACCACUCAUCAGCCUAUAACAGUGACACAGCCUGUGCCAGCAUCAACUCAUGCCUACCAUCCAACUACAUUCAGUCCAGUGAUCCCUCCUAGCAAAGGUGGAGAUGUUUCUAUGGUUCUACCCCCUGAGAUAGGUCCAGCAGCAGCACAUGCAGAAGGAAGUGGUGGAUUGUUGGGGUGGGUGAAAGGUGCAGUUGGGAGUGGUGGUCUUCUUUCAAAAGUAGCAGAGAAAGCGAAAAAUUCAGUGGACUCCAUGAUAACAACACUCGAUCCUCAGAUGAGAGAGUUUUUGUAUUCUGGAGGUGAUGUGGAUGUUGUAGUUGCUUCAGACAAGGAGGUGAAAUUGAGCCCUGUUCGUGAAGCUUUCCAAGCUGUGUUUGGUAAAGCAACAGUUUCAGGUUUGGCUGCACAGGCUACAAUGAUUGCGGCCCAACCUGUUGGAUUUGCAGCAGGUGUUAAGGCAGCGGAAGAGAGGAUAUUAGCAUUACAAUCCACUGGGAAACUUCAUCCAAAACAGCCUAUUGUUGCUAUAGAAAAUUUCCUUGUUGAAGUUGAAGAAAACAAGUGGUAUGAUGUAGGGGUAUUAAUGCUCAAAGACCCUGACCGAGAAAUAAAUCUGCACACAUUUACUCAGCUCACCCCAGUGCCUGCUGCUGUUGUUGCUCUGGCUCAGGAGGACACUCCUAAUGAUUAUCCUCUUCGGUGGUCAGGUUUGGCAGUUACCAUUGGUAGCCUCAUGGCUAGUAAUUUGCAGGUUCAUCAUUCAGAAUGGCAUCAAGCCCUGACUGGGGUUUCCAGGAGAGAGAUGCUUUUGAUAGCAGCCAAAGUAUUAGCAGGGUUGUACAAGAACAGUAUAGGUGGGAACAUCAUUUGAACAAACAGUUUUAAUUUAUGUGAUACUGUACCUUUUUAUUACAAGUGUACACAGAGUGGUUGCAGGUACAGUAAUUUGGCAGAUCUGUAUUGCUUCUAUUAGGAAAUAUGACCUACUGUAACUAGCAGUAAAUAUAUUAUGAGUAGCUUAAAAAAUUCUUACUAUUCCAGGUAUCAUGUUAUAGUUUCUAAAAUUUAGUAUGCAGUAACACACUGAUAAUUUGAAAUAGUAGUGACCAGAAUUAUUUCCUGCAGGUUCAAGGGACUGUUGUAUUUGAUUAUUUAUGAGGGCAUUCUCUAAACCAAUGGUAAUGUUGAUAAUCAAGAAAUUCCCAUAUCACCACAUGGAACAGUGAAACAUAAAAUUAAACAUCUUUUUACAAAUAUGUAUUGCUGUAAAGUGAUAUCUUCCUAAAUGAUACCAAAUUGCAGGUAUUUAAUUUCUAGGAUUACUUUAAAUAUUUCUAAGAAGAGCUGUAUUUUUUAGUGACACAAGUUCUAUGAUUAAUUUGGUGGUUUUCCUACUGGCUUCUUUCCAUGCAUGAUAAUUUCCAAAUUUCUCCUUAGUAAUGUAUUCAGAUUCUUUAUCAUACGUCUAAACCGUCGUCUCCCUAGUGUGUCUUGAAAUUUUCUAAUGUUCAGCUUUUCUUAUUGUGGAAUUUAUGAUUCUGUUUUAUGUCCUUUUGCUUUAUGCAUGUAAAUAUAAGAAGUGUCAUUUCCAUUGUUUUGAUUUUUCUGCACACUAAUCCAUCAGAUUAUAUUUAAAUUUGAAAAUA